CCCGGAACGAGUUGAUGGGCUUGGACAAUGCAUUCAAGUAUUUGUCAUGUUCGCAGCAGUUGUCCUUUUCUGGAGUACGCUCGUCGCCGGCGAUAUCGUCCAGGACCUUUUCAACGCCCACAACCUCGCCCGCAAGCACUACGGUAUCCCGGAGUUUGCCUGCCUCGAUAGCCAGCUCAAUAUGCUCAGCCAAGGCCACGCCGACUACGAAGUGAGUCUAGGCGCACUCAACCACGAUGGCUUUGACGCGCGCUGUCUCGGUGUGAGCAACCAAGUCUUGUGCGGCGAGAACACGCUCUUCGACUACGUCGACGACGGUAGCGCGAUGACCGAGAGCUGGAUGGCAUCGCCGCCGCACCGCCUCAACAUCCUCAACGUCAACUACACGCACGCAGGCUUUGGUGUCAAGCAGUCGAGCACGACCGGCAAGUGGUUUGCGACUGCGCUGUUCGCCAGUGCCAACCCGCACAAGGAGGCGAGCUGCGUUCAAACGGCCGCCGAGACUGUCGUUGGCACGAGCGUCGCAACACCAAAGCACCACAAGACGCACCCGCCAUCGACACCCGCGCGAGCGCUGCGCACGACCGAGUAGUUAAAGGAACACUAUGUCACCACAGAUUUGGUGUGUUUAAAACAUGUGUUUUGUACGUUUGAAA